GACAAAUGCUCUGGCUCCGGUGGUGACAGGUUGUCCAGCUUCAUACAGCCAUCUUCCCUGAAACUAAGGUUAACUCCUCAAUCUCUAUGGACGGCUACUCUCUAUUUCCAAGGGCGUGAAGAAUUUUACUUUUCUCCUGUGCUUUCAUCUGGAAGUUCUCCUUGGAUAAUUAUCAUCGCUGUGGAGUGCCUGGCUUGGACAUCCUCAUCUGGGUCAGCUAAAAAAAGAAAGCAUGCAGGACGACAGUGUAGAAGCUUCUACUUCCAUAUCUCAGCUUCUAAGAGAGAGCUAUUUAGCUGAAACCAGACAUCGGGGAAACAAUGAGAGAAGUCGAGCAGAGCCUUCCUCCAACCCUUUCCAUUUUCCAAGUCCUUCUGGGGCUGCUGAAGGGGGCGGAGGCCAGGAUGACCUUCCAGAUCUUUCCGCCUUUCUGAGCCAAGAAGAAUUAGAUGAAAGCGUCAACCUGGCGAGAUUGGCCAUCAAUCACGAUCCUUUGGAGCAAGCAGAUGAAGCUCAGGCUAGAAAACAUCUUUCUUCUGACCAGAUGAAACACUUGCCUAAAUCCAACCUGGAGCCUAACUUCUGCCAGGAUAACCCUCGAAGCCCUACCAGCUCUAAGGAGAGCCCCCAAGAGGUCAAAAGGCCACCGUAUAGUUCUGAAACCCAGUCCAAGAAAGUGUUCUUAAAUAAAGCGGCCGAUUUCAUUGAGGAGCUAUCCUCUCUUUUCAAAGCCCACAGCUCCAAGAGGAUUAGACCUCGUGCCUGCAAAAACCACAAGAGUAAACUGGAAUCUCAAAGCAAAGUUAUGCAGGAAAACAGCUCCAGUUUUUCAGAUCUGUCAGAAAGACGAGAAAGAUCUUCUGUUCCCAUCCCUAUUCCUACGGAUACCAGGGAUAAUGAAGUAAACCAUGCCCUUGAACAGCAGGAAGCCAAGAGGCGUGAAGCUGAGCAGGCUGCCAGCGAGGCAGCUGGCGGAGACACCACGCCAGGUUCUUCCCCUUCGUCUUUGUACUAUGAAGAACCUCUGGGGCAACCUCCCCGGUUCACUCAAAAGUUACGGAGCAGAGAAGUUCCAGAAGGAACCCGGGUACAAUUGGAUUGCAUAGUGGUAGGAAUUCCACCGCCUCAAGUAAGGUGGUACUGUGAAGGCAAGGAACUCGAGAAUUCCCCAGAUAUUCAGAUUGUCCAGGCAGGAAAUCUGCACUCGCUGACCAUUGCUGAAGCCUUUGAAGAGGACACAGGACGCUACUCCUGCUUUGCUUCUAACAUCUAUGGGACAGAUUCAACUUCUGCUGAGAUUUAUAUAGAAGGGGUUUCUUCUUCUGACUCAGAAGGGGACCCUAACAAAGAAGAGAUGAAUCGAUUCCAGAAGCCAAAUGAAGUGUCAUCUCCUCCCGCUACCUCUGCAGCCAUUCCUCCAGCAGUGCCCCAGGGCCAGCAUUUGGUGGCUCAGCCCAGUGUGUCAACCAUCCAGCAGUGUCAGAGCCCUACCAACUAUUUGCAAGGACUGGAUGGAAAACCUAUCAUUGCAGCUCCUGUGUUUACAAAGAUGCUACAGAAUUUGUCAGCCUCUGAGGGUCAGCUGGUCGUGUUUGAAUGCAGAGUAAAGGGAGCCCCAUCUCCUAAAGUCGAGUGGUAUCGAGAAGGGACCUUGAUAGAAGAUUCUCCAGAUUUUAGGAUUUUACAGAAAAAACCUCGGUCCAUGGCAGAGCCAGAGGAGAUUUGCACGUUGGUCAUUGCCGAGGUGUUUGCAGAAGACUCUGGAUGCUUCACAUGCACUGCAAGCAACAAGUAUGGCACAGUGUCAAGCAUUGCACAGCUGGAUGUGAGAGGCAAUGAAGACCUGGGCAACAACGGGUCUCUACACUCAGCCAACUCCACCACCAACCUGGCUGUUACUGAGCAACAGCCAUCCCCACCCAACCCAGAGCCUCCUUCUGCAGAACAACCCCCCAAACCCAAACUUGAAGGGGUUCUGGUGAACCACAACGAGCCCAGAUCCAGUUCCAGGAUCGGGCUCCGCGUUCACUUCAACCUGCCUGAAGAUGACAAAGGAAGCGAGGCAUCUUCUGAGAGUGGAGUGGCGACCGCCCCCCUCACGAGGCCUGACUCUUUCCAGGGGAGGUUUAAUGGCCAGGCAGCAAAAUUCCAGGAGCCAUCUUCACCCAUCAAGGAACCCCCUCCAGUUCUGGCCAAGCCCAAACUUGAUUCUACUCAAUUACAACAGCUUCAGAACCAAGUCUUACUGGAACAACAGCAACUGCAAAACCCAUCUCCGUCUUCACCCAAGGAGUUUCCUUUCAACAUGAGUGUUUUGAAUUCCUCUGCUCCCCCCGUGGCGACAAUGUCCAGCAAGCAGGUGAAGGCCCCGUCAACACAGACCUUCAACUUGGCCCGACCGAAGCAUUUCCUCCCCUCCACAAGCAGCACCACGGCUACCAUGUCCCCUUCCAGCUCUCCGGUGUUCACCCUGAGCAGCACUCCUCAGACUAUGCAGCGGACAGUGAGCAAAGAAAGCCUCUUGAUUUCUCACCCCUCUGUGCAAACCAAAUCUCCAAGCGGGGUUUCCAUCCAAACUGAGCCACCACACGCAGGCCCAACAGAACCAGCACAACCAGCGCUCACGUUUUCCAUCCCCACUGGAAACCAGUUUCAGCCCCGUUGCGUGUCCCCAACUCCUGUGUCUCCCACCGGCCGGAUUCAGAACCCAGUGGCUUUCCUCAGCUCUGUUCUGCCUUCUCUCCCUGCCAUCCCACCCACCAACGCCAUGGGGCUGCCUAAAAGUGCACCAUCUGUGCCAUCCCAGGGACUAAUGAAGAAAACCAAGUCUCCUCAACCAGUGAGUGAUGAUUACAUUCGUGAAACUAAGAAUGCACUGAUUCUAGACUUGGGGAAAAAAAUGAACUUCAGUGAUGUCAGAUCAAACCAGCAGGAGUACAAAAUUUCAAGCUUUGAGCAGAGGCUGAUGAAUGAAAUAGAGUUUCGUUUGGAACGCACUCCUGUUGAUGAAUCAGAUGAUGAAAUCCAGCAUGAUGAGAUCCCCACGGGCAAGUGUAUUGCUCCCAUCUUUGACAAAAGACUCAAACACUUCCGGGUCACAGAAGGUUCUCCAGUCACGUUCACCUGCAAAAUUGUUGGGAUACCUGUUCCAAAGGUUUACUGGUUCAAAGAUGGGAAGCAGAUUUCUAAGAGAAACGAGCACUGCAAAAUGAGGCGAGAAGGAGAUGGGACGUGUUCUCUGCACAUCGAAUCCACCACCAACGACGACGAUGGCAACUACACCAUCAUGGCCGCCAACCCCCAGGGGAGAAUCAGCUGCUCCGGCCACCUGAUGGUACAGGGUUUGCCCCUUCGCAGCCGACUAACUCCAGUUGGUCAGUCUCACAGGGGCAGGUCCCGAGUGCAAGACAGAGACAAAGAGCCUCUCCAGGAACGCUUUUUCCGACCACACUUCCUGCAGGCCCCCGGAGACAUGGUAGCUCAUGAAGGGCGCCUCUGUCGGCUGGACUGUAAGGUGAGUGGCUUACCGCCCCCGGAGCUGACGUGGCUGCUGAAUGGCCAACCUGUGCUGCCAGACGCCUCCCACAAGAUGCUGGUCAGGGAGACCGGAGUCCACUCUCUGCUCAUCGACCCACUCACGCAACGUGACGCCGGCACCUACACGUGUGUGGCCACCAACAAAACCGGGCAAAACUCCUUUAGUUUGGAGCUCACUGUAGUAGCCAAAGAGGUGAAGAAAGCGCCGGUGAUCCUGGAGAAGCUGCAGAACUGCGGCGUUCCCGAAGGCCACCCCGUGAGACUGGAGUGCCGCGUGAUCGGCAUGCCGCCGCCCGUGUUCUACUGGAAGAAAGACAAUGAGACCAUCCCUUUCACCAGGGAGAGGAUCAGUAUGCACCAGGACACAACAGGGUACGUCUGCCUCCUCAUUCAGCCAGCCAAAAAGUCAGACGCGGGGUGGUACACGCUGUCAGCCAAGAACGAAGCCGGCAUCGUGUCGUGCACCGCAAGGCUGGACAUCUACGCUCAGUGGCACCAGCAGAUCCCCCCGCCCAUGUCCAUCCGGCCCAGUGGCAGUCGCUAUGGCUCUCUCACCAGUAAAGGACUUGACAUUUUUUCUGCCUUUUCCUCCCUGGAAAGCACAAUGGUAUACUCGUGCUCCUCGCGGAGUGUAGUGGAGAGUGAUGAACUCUAAGAACGUGUGGGUGCCUGCUGCGGAAGGGGGCAAGCCGUGCGGGGAGGAGGACAAGCCUGCGGCCGUUUCCAACUCGCCUGGGUUUGAGGGAGUCCCCACCCUGCUGGACCUGUGGCAAGGAGCGCACUGAACGAGCCAGCUGGGGAGAGACCCAGGGCUCCGAGAAGACAGCACAGACCAACCAAAGAUGCCGCACAGCUGCCAUCCACUGCUCCGGGGAGAGCUAGCAGAGCCCCUGCCUUUUGUGGUGGGGGGGAUGCUUCAGCCCUACCGGGAGCAAUUAGGGGCCACAUGCCUGGGCUGAGAGGAGUUAGACAGUAGUGACCUUGGGCUUUACCUACCAAACGAAAGAAGGGGGAGAGAGGCCACCCCACCACCCUUCCUGCAUUAUAUCCCCAGUAGGAGGUUUGGCAAAUUCAGUCAGUCAGCCUCCACUUCGCAUUCACAGCACACAGAUGUGGAGAAGCACUUUUUAAUUUGCACGUGCUGAGUGUAACUGAGCCACAUGGUAAGGUGCCAAAAUGUGCCUGAGAUGCCCCCAAUUCACUGAAACACUCACUAUUGCACACUGCACUUAGCCGGUGGACGCCCGCCCUGGGCCCGUGUGCACCAUUUUCUUUUGCCUGGUGACUGGUUUUUCUUCUUUCUGCUUUUGCAUAUCCCAAAUGCUAGAGCUAAAGGUUCGUUAAAAAACCAACUGGGAGGAAAUCUCCUAGGAGUCACUGUAAAAACUACUGCCUUCAAUUGCCACUUGGAAAAUGUGCAAGAUUCAUCAUCCUUUAUUCAUAAGAUACCAACCCCAGACUCUUCCCUCCCCGCAAAGAGUGUGGAAGCAUAAGAGGCAGUGAGGAAGCAAGAGCACAAAGAGAGGAAGUUUGGGGGGGGGGGGGGGAUGGAGAGGAGGGAAGCUCUCACCACAGCAGAGCAGCAGGUGCAGCGAGAGAGGUCUUUAAUAGCUGUGGACCGCUCUGAGAUCACCCAUCAGAUUGCACUGCCUGCAUAGAAACUAUGAGAAAGUGAGUGGAAGGGGACUUUGCAUCUUUAUGCUAAAGCACCUACUCAAAACCUGCCUCUCAACCUAAGGAAUUUUUAGAUCGAAGUUCAAUGCUAGAUUCUUAGUACCUGGAGGAGUACCUAGUACGAAAUAGGCAUUUGAGAAAUGUUUGCCGGAUGAGUGAAUCUUAUGUUAGGUAGAGGAAUCUGCAGCUCACACCCCGGUCCAAGGACUGCCCUGGGGACGGGCAGCACAGCAAGUCUGCUCCAGGCUCAGCAGGGAAGUGAACAGGAGGGGUCUUUUGUCAACUCCCUGUGCUCCACCUUCUGGUGUUUUCUGUGCCAGGCACCCUCAGCUGGCACCUUAUUCAAGUGAUUUAGAUAGAAAUAGUCAUUGCUUAGAAGGGCUUGAAACUUUCUUCGCUUCAAGGCAAGGAUUUCCAGUACAAAAAUAAAUUCAUUCACUCAAACAA